AUGCACUUCCUUAAUCUUUGCUUGAUUUUUACCACCAUCGGCUUGGCCGCCGGUUCACCGACCUUGGAGUACGGAAUCCCACCCAGUUCGGAUACGAUCAGUCAGUAUCACACCCAGGAUGAGCAUGGUCAGUACGCAUAUGGCUACAUGGCUCCACUGUAUUCCAAGCACGAGAGCCGCACCGUUGAUGGUGUGAUCCGGGGAACCUUCUCCCACGUGGAUGCCAAUGGCGAAAUCCAGACCGUGGACUAUGUGGCCGACGCCGAGGGCUUUCAUGUAACCUCCAGUCUGCCCAAUCAGCGGGCCAAUCAGGAAACCCCCGAAGUGGCUGCCCUGCGAGCACAGCAUCUGGAGGCGCAUAACCAGGCCAAAUUGAGGUUGGCCGGAGACUACUCCGCUGGUCCUCAGCCUGUCCAGGACACUCCUGAGGUGGCCGCCGCUAAGAAUGCAUUCUUCAAGCGUUUCGAAGCCGAGAAGCUGCGCAAUAAGUUGCUCGCCGAGCAGAAAGUUCUGGUGAUAUCGAAUCCUGUUUCCAUCGGUGUUCGCUCCCAGCCGAUAUAUGUCUAUCAGCCCACCACUGGAUUCGUGUACAACCAUCAUACCAAGACGCAGGCGCAAGUUCCCUCCAGAAACUACCUGCCAGUGGCCUAAUCUUUGGGUUUGAAGUCUUCAAAAAAGUAUGUUAUUUGUUGAGCAAUAAAUGAUGCAAGUCGGAAAUUUAAAUUACAUAACAUCUGUUCCGUACUUUCAUAA